CACCAUCUCCUCUGUUGCCCGGCUGGCGCCUGUGCACCAUGCCGCUUCCUCCACGGCCGUCGCAGAUGGCCGCUGCGGCCGCUGCGGCCGCGUCCAAAAGCAGCAGCUCGCCCGCCCGCUCGUCCAGCGCUUCGCCUGCGCCAGCCGCAGCGCCGCCUUCCCCGGCUGUGGAUCCGUCGGCACCGCUGCCUCUCCUCGCUGCGCCUACGUCCCUCACCGCAUCGUCGUACAUCCAGGUACACCCGAGCACGCUGCGUGCGCAUUCUCUGCGCACCCACGACCCGGUUCUCCUCCUCCUCCUGCAGCCAGGCGCAUCGGCUCCUCCGCGCCCAGUCCUCGGCCACAUCUGGCCAUCGCCGGGACUUGCGCAGGAGGGCGUCGCACUGCCAGACGGCAGUGCGAGAGCGACAGAGACCCGCGCCUGUAUGUGGUCGCUCGACGCUCUGAGGUCCGAGGCUGGCGUGACCGAGACGCAGCAGCGGCGCAAGGAGCUGCAGCUCGAGCUGCUGCCUCAGCAGGGCGCCGAUGCAGGCGCUGCAGAUGAAGAGCUCUGCGAGCUGCUCGCUGUGAGGGCCAGAGAGUCUCUAGUGGAGCAAGGCGACGUGCUGCCCGGCCAGCUACUGCAGGUCAGCCUUCUCGACGAGACGUAUCUGCUGCGUGUCACGGGCAUGCUGCCUGCGAGUCCGUCUAGCCUUGCGUCCGCUCCGUCGAAGGCUCUUCGAAGCCAUGCCCUUGAUGUUGCUCGCUGCGUCAUCGCCAUCGAUCGCGGCACGCAGUUUCAGGUCAAGCUCGGCAGCCGCAGCAAGGAGAGCUACCAGAGCAAGGCAGACGCCGGCAAGGUCGCAUCUGCAGCAGAUGCAGAGGCGUACCAGACUCUGGGUGGGCUAGGCGGCGCGAUCAAGGAGCUCAAGAGCCUGGUGGAGCUGCCGCUGCGGCGGCCGGAGGUCUUCACUGCAUAUGGUCUGCGACCGCCGCGAGGCGUUCUGCUCUACGGCCCGCCCGGCACCGGCAAGACAACCCUGGCAUCUGCAUGCGCCAGGUCGUGCGGCGUGGCCAGCUCCUCCAUCUUCCAUCUCUCAGGGCCCUCACUGUCCUCGUCGCUGCAUGGCCGGACUGAGGCGCGGCUGCGAGCGCUCUUCGCCAAGGCACAGAAGCACGCGCCGGCUGUGAUCAUCAUCGACGAGAUCGACGCGCUUGCGCCACGCAGAGAGGCCGGUGCUGGCUCAGAGGGAGCCGGCGAGGUGGAGAGGCGAGUCGUCGCCACGCUCCUCACGCUCAUGGACGGCCUGGGCGAGGUCGAGGCAGGCCCGCGUCGCGGCGCAGGCGAGGACGAGUCUGAGCCCCCACUGCCCGGGCGCGUCGUCGUCAUUGCUGCGACCAAUCGACCGAAUGCGCUCGACCCCGCCCUGCGGAGACCUGGACGUCUGGACCGAGAGAUCGAGAUUGGCAUCCCGACUGCUCCUGCCAGAUUGGAGAUCCUGCAGGUGCUGCUGCGCUCGGUGCCGCACUCGAUGCAGGACGACGAGCUGGAGAUGCUGGCGACGGGCACGCACGGCUUUGUCGGAGCCGAUCUGGCGUCACUCGUGCGCGAGGCGGGCAUGGCUGCCCUAGCUCGCAACGUGAGGUCUGCCGACGGACUAGCCUCGAGCUUCUCCGGGCUCUCCCUCAGCUCUGCGCCUGCCGAGUCACGCAUCAGUGCCGCCGACUUUGCGCAGGCACGCACGCGAGUGCGGCCGAGCGCCAUGCGCGAGCUCUUCCAGGAGCUGCCAAAGGUGCGCUGGAGCGACAUCGCCUCUGGCGGCGCAGAGACAUUGGCCCGUGUGCGCGAGUGCGUCGAGUGGCCUCUCAAGCAUGCGCCGGCAUUGAAGCGGCUUGGCGUGCGGCCUCCGACGGGCGUGCUGCUCUAUGGCCCGCCGGGGUGUAGCAAGACACUCAUUGCGCGAGCCAUCGCGUCGGAGAGCGGGCUCAACUUCGUCGCUGUCAAGGGGCCAGAGCUGUACAACAAGUUCGUCGGCGAAUCCGAGCGGGCGCUGCGAGAUGUCUUCACACGCGCUCGCGCCGCAUCUCCAGCCAUCAUCUUCUUCGACGAGAUCGAUGCGCUCACCUCGACGCGCAGUGGGUCAGGCGGCAGUGUCUCUGACGGCGUGAUCGCGACGCUCCUCAACGAGAUGGACGGCGUCGAGACGCUCGACAGCGUGCUCGUCGUUGCGGCCACCAACCGGCCAGAGAUCAUCGACCCGGCUCUGCUGCGGCCAGGCCGUUUGGAUCGUCUGCUCUACGUCGGCCCGCCCGACACGCUUGCCCGUCGGCAGAUUCUCACGCUGCGCACGCGCGACAUGGCCCUGGGGUCCGAUGUCGACCUCGACGCCAUUGCCGACAUGACACAAGGCUGCUCCGGCGCCGAGGUCGUGUCGGUGUGCCAGGACGCAGGCAUGCGCGCGCUCAACGAGAGCCUCGACGCUACGCAUGUCUCGCAUGCACACCUUCUUGCGGCUGCGCGCGCUGUGCGUCGGCGCAUCACGCCGGGCAUGCUCAUGGCCUUCACCGCCUGGCGCGACCAGACAAUAUGAUGCUUCUGUCGCCAGGAUUGCCGGUGCGGCAUGCGUGGUCCGGCGGCAUGGCAUUCUCAGCCGAAGGUGUCAGUGAGC